AAUAAAUUGCCUCAUUCAUUAAAAUUUUGAAAUGAGGUCAUAACAGUAAAAUAUUGUAUUGCAAUUUUGUAAGUUUAACACGGAUUCAUAAACCACAAAUGCAGGAGUAUGUUAUUUUAUAGAGUUUUACUAGCUACGCGAUAUUCCUACCGCACUUACAUAUAAAAUUUGACAACAAGGGGUCCAUUCGACAUGGGGACCCUAUUACAAUAGAACUUCCUUGAUUUACGCUCUUGAAGUAAUUAGCUUACGGUCAGGAAGUAAGUAAUAAAUCUAACGCGUGUCUUAAUGGGGAGGAAGAAUUUCCGUACGUACAUAAGAACAUUACAAGUUCAGAGAUCGGCCGGCCUCGGUAAAAGUAGUACAAUAACUAACGUAUUAAGAUCAUUAAAAAAAAAUCAUAGAUCAUACAACGCAAUAAAGUACACGUUAAGUGGUAAUAUAUCUUUCACAAUUUUGUGACUGUAGUCGCGAGUCAAUGGGAAAAUUAUUCAUCGUUUUGAUAUUUUUACCGAUUGUGUAUGGAAUAAACUUUAAGAAAGACUAUAUCCUCGACAGUCCAAAAUGUAAAAUUCCAGAAAUAGAUCCUUUCAAUGAGGAAUUUCUAAAAAUUCGUAUGAUAAGACGUGACCCCUACUUACGUUGCAAUAAGACCGAAAUACUAAGUUAUGUGGACAGAAACAGCGACAAUGUGACUGUGUUACAUCUUAAAAAACCAUUCCCACUUAUAAACGGUACAAGAAGUUUCGAUUGUUGUUACUCCUACAUUACAAGAAAGGGCUCCCGGGAUCUACCCGAUGUUGGAUUCAAGACGUCUCAAUGCAUACCUUUUCAGAACGACACAGUCUUGACACAAGAUACAGUAAACGUGACUUGCACCAAAAAAUCUACAGUAAUCUACCAAAACGUCCACAACAUAAUAAGAAUAAACGAAACUAUGAUAAAAGAAAAGAUGAGAAAUGCUCCGCCUAAACCUCUCAGUGUCCUCAUUAUCGGCAUUGACAGCAUUUCUAGACUAAAUUUUAUUCGAACAAUGCCACAAACGUAUGCGUUUUUGGCCAAAAAUAACUUUAUUGAAAUGAAAGGAUACACAAAAAUUGCCGACAACACCUAUGAGAAUUUGGUGAGUCUUUUAACAGGUCUCAGGUUAAACGAAAUCCCCCAGAAGUGUCAAGAUCAGAAAAUAGGUGGAUUGGACCGCUGUCCCAUGAUAUGGAAAAACUUUAGUAGCAACGGUUACAUCACAGCGUUCGUAGAAGAUGCCAUACGCAUAUCCACAUUUAAUUAUAAUAAAAUGGGAUUUUCAGAACCUCCUACAGAUUAUUAUUUUAAACCCUACAUGGAAGCUGCUGAAGCCUUAGGGGUGCGAAUUUACCACAAACUGCCAUACUGCGCAGGUCCAGGAACUUCAGCCGAACGAGUUCUGAAUCUAGCUAGAGAUUUCGUCACAACUUUUAAAAACCAAUCAACUUUUGGCAUUUUUUGGAUGAGCAGUUUUAGUCACAAUUAUUUGAGGGUCCCUUAUAGUAUGGACAAAAAAGUGAAAGAGUUUUUUGCUGAUUUGAAGAAAGAAGGAAUUUUGAACAACACUAUGGUGAUUGUUUUAAGUGACCACGGGAUAAGGUUUGGGGAGAUUCGAAAGACUAGAGGUGGAUGGUUCGAGGAACGAAUGCCCAUUAACAUGAUUUCCGUUCCUAGAACAUUCCGACAGAAUUUAAGUAGAGAGUAUCAGAAUGUGCGAAAAAACAGGAAUAAACUCAUAAGUACCUACGAUAUGUUUGUGACCUUGGAACAUGUGUUAACGCUUUCAGAAACAGGUUACAAGAGAAAGGGUAGUUCGGCCUGUAAGAAAUGUGUUUCGUUGUUAGAAGAAAUUCCCAGAGAUAGAUCUUGCGAAGAUGCAGGGAUAUCAACGGAAUGGUGUACGUGCGGAGGGCAUUUUCGACCUCUUGAUAUAAAGGAUGAUUUUGUGGAAAGAGCGGCAAACCACGCAAUCGACAAGUUAAAUAAUUGGCCAUUAGUUAAGGAAACUUGUACAGACGUGUUUUUGAGCAGGAUUGUCUCAGCUAGUGUGUCCGAAUCUAUCUCAGAUACUGGCACGAAAUACCUUUUUCUUGUUAUCGAAACCAAGCCCACAGAUUUUUAUCUUACGACGAUUAAAUUUAAUCAAAUUGUUCCCAAGAAUUCUACGUUUUUUAUUAGAGGCAUAAAUAACUAUCCUUUAUGCAUCAACGACUAUGAUAAUAAACUGAAAAACAUUCAGAAGAAGCGCUCUUAAAUUUUUGUGAUGUAAUCGGUGCCUGUGUAUAUUUAUAUGUAAAAUUACACAAAUGCUUACUAUUAUAAAUGUACGGAGUGUCUCAGCUACAACUCCGCGGCAUAAUACAUGUUGAGAGCGGAUAUAAAUAUUGGAAAUCUGUAAACACCAUUUUUUUAGCUUAAUUUAGGACCGUUAAAUUGCUAUUAAAAUGUUAUACAACAAUUACAUAUUUACUGAAAUUUCAGUCAUAAAAGAAAUAAAAUUUAUUAACAUACAAAUAAUAAUACCUGACCGAACAUAUGUUAAAUAACCACUUUUGAAACAGAUCUUGUUGGCUAUUAAAUAAUGUGCAAGUGCUUUAUUUUACUCAACUUUAAUUUUUGUAUGGUUUCAGAUUUAAUUUUUUUAUCAACUGAAAAUCAAAUAAAUAUCCAAGUGUUAUAUACCACUGCAAUCGUAAUUUAACGGUCUAUCAAAAUUCUUCAGAAAUGUAAAUUUGUACUUGGUUGAACUUCCUACUUUAAGCUAAAAACAACAGCGUUUACAGAAUUUUAAUAUCUCUAUCCAUUCCCAAAAUAUUAGGCCGCGGAGUUUUAGCUGAGACUUUCUGCAUAUUCUAAUGAUCAACUGCAUCGAGUAAAUGUCAAUAAUCCUGCAACAUGAACAAAAGACUUUGUAAAAUAUUACUGGAAAUAUUCUAUUACUAUAAUUUUUAUAAUUAUAAAACUAAUCAAACACAAACUCAAAGUUCCAUUUUUAUUUCCCGACCGUAAGCUAAGGAAGUAUUGUAAUCGAGUCCAUUGGGCAACUGGCUGCUUUCAUAUUUUGUCGAUGGGUCAUGAUUCCUAGAGUACGAAAAAAUGGGUCUCCCGUUUCUGUCCGCCGUUUGUGUUAACUUUUGUUAGACAGAUAAUCUUCGAAACUACCGGGCCGAUUAUUCUAAAUUUCAUAUGUGUAUUAUGAAUUUAUGAGUAUCAUGUAGUUGGUAAAUCGUUAACCAAAUAACCAAAUGUUUAAUCGUCCCCACCAAUAAUGUGAUGACGUCACUUCAAAAUUGUACAUAGUAAAUGCGUUUUAAAAUAACAAACCCCCACACGACUAGUUUAUGAAUCCAUGUUGAGUUUUGACCCGAAACGUCCAAAUUUUUGGAAAAAAAAAAUCAGAACAAAACCGAAUGCUUUGAAAUC